AUGAACCUGUUGUACUCCUCCACAACUACAGGCUUCUUGAUUUCUUCCUGGCCUCCCUCUACUCGCCGGGUGCGACGAACCUUGGUCGUCAUGGCGUCAUCGUGGAUGGUGGAGAGCAUGCACACUGGCCUUUUGUCCAUCCAUUUCAGUGCCAUCAUGGUCUCAUCAAUCAGGGCUGAUGUAGUGUCGCCCUUGGCCAGUGUGGCUUUCAUUGCUGCGGGGAGUCCACGGCGGUUGACACGGACAGUCCCACACGCUCCAAAUCCCAGAUCACGAGUUCGAGCACUACAGCGUGGGUGUAGCCAUUUCCCCCCAAGUCGAGUGACUCAUCCUUUCCUGUGAAGAAAUUUCAUGAUGAGGGAGAAACGGUCUCGACUCAGGACCUGUUUUGGUGGAAUUAGUGAAACUAUGUAGUCCUCUGUAUGGUAGUAUAAUCAUGUAUGUUGUGUACAAUAUGUUUUUUAUAGUGGAGUGUGGAUUAUCACAAUGUAGGCUAUUUUAUGUAUUACUUAUUAUUAUUAUACAUACUUUGCUGCAUGCUUCACUGGAGUAAGGCCAUGUUGUCACCCAGUGGUCUUCAAUUGUUGGCAAAUUGACCAGGCCCAUUAUGAUGAUGAGGGCGAUGAACUUCUGCAGCUCCUCUCUGGUGAAUGGCUCUCGUGACCAACCGUGGACUCUCGACCGAGGAGGGAGGUUGUG